UUUAGGUUGAGGUCAGCAGCCUUGCUCUAGGCUUGAGUACAAUGAAAGCCUUUCUGGCCCUAGGAAUCCUGUGCCUCCUUUUCUGUCUGGUUUGGGCCCAAGAAAAAUCGGUGGAAACGACAUGUAGUCAAUAUGUGCUCUGGGUUUUUGUGAAGAAAGACCUGUUUGGUGAUGGUACAUUUGUGGCAUCUCACGAGUUGUUUCUUGGGUUUUACUGUCCUGUUACUCAAGUUCUAGAGAAUCAUUAUGAGCUACAGUACCUUGUGGUACACUGUGGGAUCAGGAAAAUGGUUUAUGAAACUUAUACUAGAUAUGACAGUACUCUCCUCUAUAAUCCGUGGAAUACAAAUGGUCCUUGGCCGCCACUUGUGUUUUCUUUGACGUGCAUACUGCCUAGGAGAAGACGUAUUCGGAAUGUUCAUGUCUCUCCUCCCAAAUCAACUCCUGUGUCAAACCAAAAGAACAGUCCUCAAAAGACCGAACAGAGUGUUAGCAGACUGACCGACUGGGAUUUGGUCUCAUGCCACCUACUAGGGAGGAACCUGUUCGAACUUCUGAAAGUAGCUCAAGAAAUGAGAGACUUACUUCUCACCCCUCAUUUGAUCUCUGUUGUAUGCUGGAAGCAAGAUCAGCAGCCUUGUCCUGGAAUCUGUUGUCACAAAGACCCUUCUGGGAUUAGGAGUCUUAAGAAUUUUAAUCUGUCUGACUUGGACCAAAGAAGAAUUAGGGUAUCGUGCUCAUUGGAUUUAGAAGAUUUUACUCCCUUUCUACCUCCUGUGAUUGACUAGGAAAAUAAUAUUUCCACAGUGGAGGGUGGUAUUGUUGGAUUCUUUUUCUGGAUUCCACUUGCAGGGACUGAGUUCUUCAUAUUCUGAUUCUGAAUUCUACACGCCACUACUCCAUCUGUUGUGGAGAUAUGAGGCUGACUGUUUACUGAGAUAUUUCCUUAGGAAGAAGUUGGCUUCAGAGCAUCUAAAGAGCCCAUUCAAGCGUACGAGGCUCCCAACUCAGAUGGAGACCCACAAGAAUUCAGAAUUACAAAGCUUGUCUUCAGAAAUGUCUCGAGAGAUUUUAAAAUUGCAUUCAUUUUAAAUAAAUAUACCCCUUUGCUCAUU